GUGUGUUUUUCUGUGUGCGUGUGUGUGUGUGUGUGUGUGUGUGUGUGUGUGUGUGAGUGAGUGUGUGUUUGAACAGAGAGUAAAAGGAAAGCAUUGAGGAUCAGCUGAUCGCGCGCUCCGGUCCCGGUACUGCUCAGUGAUGAUGAUGAUGAUGAUGAUGAGUGUUGGGGGUCGGUGCUGUGUGUCCGUGGUGUCGGUGGUGUUGUUAGUGGUGGCGUGCGCGCGCGUUGGUCAGUGUGGGCUCGUGCACGGCGGGGACCAGGUCGCGUUUGUGCGCGUGUCAGUGCAGCAGGAACCCGGCAGCAGUGUGUUACAGGGGCGCGUGCUGCAGGGACAACAACAACAACAACAACAACAACAACAACAUCAAAGCGAGGAAGAGCACGAGCUGCGGGGAGACCUGCGAUUGAUUAAAGACGAGCGUGAAGGCGUGAGGAGCGCGGGUCAUACAGGUGAUGACGAUGAUGUUGAUGAUGAUGGUGAUGAAGGUCAGAGGUCAAAGCCCUGGAUCGGCGUGGUUCCGGUCCAGAUGGAGGAGAACCGCGUCUCAAACUGCAACCAGGAGUCAUUUGCCUCCACUGUAGUCAACAAGAUGAAGAGGGCGUUGGUUUUGGGGGCGUCGGCUCUCAUCAUCCUCGUGUUAAACCAGAACACACUGAGAGAGAUGGACGUGUCUCAGCUUCUCUCUAAACCCAUCAUCAUCAUACAGAACUCAGAGAACGUCACUAAACUGUUCGGGGCUCUGCUCAGAGGUCUUCAUGCGACUGCGAGAAUCACAUACAAAACAUUUCUACAGAAUAACCUGGGUGCGACUCUCACUCUGUGGUCGAGUUGCGGUCGCUCCAGAUGGGGGCGCUAUGGAGAGUGGCAGGGCGUCGUCUGCACCGGAGAGACCAACUCACCUGUACAGAAAUAUCUGCAGCAGUUGUGGAACACGGUGGUGCUAAUCGCUCUGAUCCUCUCCACCGGAGUCCUCGUUCACGCCCGGUGGCAGUACCACGACGACCAGCUCACCGACCAGCUGCAGCUUCACCCCAAACAGGAGCUACUGAAUAAACUUUCUGUGUUAAAGACCCGGAAAUACCGAAAGAGGAAACACACCGAGCCGCCUGACACGGAGAACUGCGCUGUGUGUUUAGAGCAGUACACUACUAACCAGUGUUUGAGGGUUCUGCCAUGUCUACAUGAGUUCCACAGAGACUGUGUGGAUCCGUGGCUUCUCCUGCAGCAGACGUGUCCUCUCUGUAAACGCUGUGUACUCGGGAAUUUCUGCUGAAGUUCUGAACUUCCGGCUCACGCUGGAGCCUCUAUCAGGUCAAAUCAUCUCAAGAUGUCAAUUUCUAGGAACCCUCAUACUGUACAUGCAGCGUCUCCAUGGAAACGAACCCUGACCCCUGACCCUGAUGAUCUGAAAUACUUCCUGACUUUAGAUUUUUUUUUUUUAAAUCCUGUGUGACUGUACAGUAUGUGUGUGUAGAAUGACAUUAGACACACACAGUGUCAUGAUGUGUGUGUGUGUGUGUGUGUGUGUGUUUCAGAUCAUCACACACACAUUUCAGAGACAGGAGAAGAAUUUCCAUCCUCCUGUUUUACUCCUAAUGAAGAUGUCAUCAGUGUUUAGGGCUUUAACUCUUGUUUGUUCAUCUGUGUUUUAGUGUUUUUAUUUAUAUUAGUUAUAACUAUUUAAAACUGAAUUCCGUUAAGAAGAAUUUCACCUGCAGAGCUCAGAGUGACGGAGAGACAAAUCUAAAUUUAUUUCAUUUAAACCUGUAUAAAAAUGUUUAAGAAAAUAAAAAAAAAUCUCUUUAAAAGCUAAGAGCAGUGAGAGUGUUAAUUCUCCUGAUUACACUGAUGGAAGGAUGAAAAAGAGAAACAGUGAAAGAAAUACUGAAUAAAUGGAUGAAAGAAAAGAAAGAAAUUUUAAAAAUUGCAUUUUCUUAAACCUUAUUGAGGAUCAAACAUUUUACACCACGCUGCUGCUGAGUUCUGCACUCUGAUUGGUCGUCAGGUGUUGAUUAGUUUUCUAUAACAGCAGCUCUGACAGUAGUGCGGGUUUAUAUUAAUGCUCUCGUUUUAAUACGUUAUCGUUUCCAUAGUAACAGCUCAUUCACAGGGACGUGUACAGCAGACGCUCCACUGAUAAUAAACUCAUAAUAUGUUAAAGUUUUCUAUAAUUUAUUCAACAUGUAUGGAAGGAGUCUCCAGUGUCAGAGGUAAAGCUGUAACUGUAAGUUUUCCGACGUCUUCAGGACAGAGGAGUUUACGCUUCUUUGCGGUUUCUCACUAACAUGCGGAACAAGCUGCGAUUUUUUCUCUUAUUAUCUUGGAGAGAGAGAAUAAAGACGCUGGUGAGGGAACAAGUGUUUAUAGCUGCUAUAACGUAAGCGACAACAGGAACUAACUCAUUUUGCAAAUGUCCCACAACAUUAAACAGAUUAAAAGUUCAUCAUGUCGUUAACUUACUGUAAGUACAAAAUUCCGUGAAGUUAAAAUUGUAAUUGUUGGUAAGUUGCUGUGGUGUAAGAGGAAUAAAACACUCAGGGACGUGCUGUUAGAGGAAAAUAAUCAACAUCAGGGUGAUAACAGUAACUCCGUUUCAUCACACCGCCGUCUUUGAUUAUUUUCCUUUAACAGCACGUCGCAGGUGUUUUAUUCCAUACAAGGUCUCAAUAAGAGCGAGUUAAAGUGAAGCUACAGAUUGAUGACAUCAGCGUGAAUUUAAAUUCUCCACACUUCAUUCUCAAACUGUAUAAAGUUUAUAAAAACCAAAAACUCGACUGAAAUCAAAGAAGCAGCAGCAGCAGCAGUGUGGGAAAAGAACAGCUCUGUUUCUCUGCACACAGUAAAUUGUGUAAAAAAUAUAAUUUAAUUCUCAUUUCACUCUUUAGACAGAAAGAAACUUUUCAGAACUUUUCAGCGGUUUCCUACGAGACGCCUGUAGAAUCACAGGUUUGCUUCCACGCAGAAGAAUUCCUUCUGAACCGCGGGUCGAUUGCGCAAUUCCAUUCGUAUUCGUCUGUUUGCUCUGUCUAUCCUAUUUAUCUAAAAAUACAUUCUGAAUGCAAAUAUACCGACUGCAAUUCAUAAUAAUAAUAAUAAUAAUAAUAAUAAUAAUACGUUAGUUCUUUUGCACAGAGACGUAGUUAUAGCAUCAAAU